AUGGCUCACACCGUGCUGUUAGUGCAGGCGAGCGAACUCGAGACCAGACAGUACUCCGAUUAUGACAAUCUCCCAGACGCUCUUCAGGGCGUGUGUCAUAUGUUUGAACAGCACCUGAAGAAGUCGUUCCCGAAGAAUACGGAGAUUCAAUACGAUUUGUCGCAACUCUUCGCAUACAUCGAUGAGUUAACUGAU